AAAAAAAAGAAAAAAGAAGGGAAAACCGAAACAGAAAAUGUAAACAACGUUAUCCACUUUGGCAGUCACAGGAUCCCCAUUGAACACAGACUGUAAGAGUAAGACACGGAGUAGAACGGAGGUAUAUAGAACGCGGUUUGGUCUAUCAAAAACACGGAGACAGUGGAAAUGGCCUGAGCUAAACCAGAGCGUGAGUUUGGGAGAGAGAGAGAGAGAGAGAGAGAGAGAGUUUGUGUAAGAGGGUGAGGAGGACUAAGAGGGGUUUUCAGCUGCUCCAAAAAUGACAUCCUAUACACAUACCCAGCUGCUCUAUCCUCUCCCUUUACCAGUUUCAUCGUCAAACACUCUCUCUAAUUCCCUGCAAACCCACCAACCCACAACUCUUAACAAGCACACUCCUUUACUCAACCAAUCCCUUCUUUCCACUUCUCCUCCCAAACCCAUAUCUCAGUCUCGCUCUUUAGCUUCAUGGGUAGAAACCAUUCGCUUCCAAGUCCGGUCUGGUCUUUUUCACGAUGCCAUUUUGACGUACAUCGAGAUGUCUGUUAUGGGUGUCUCGCCGGACAAUUUUGUUUUCCCUGCUGUUUUGAAAGCUGCUACAAGCCUUCAGGACUUGAAUUUGGGGAAACAGAUUCAUGCCCAUUCUGUCAAAUUCGGGUAUGGAUCGUCUUCUGUGACUGUGGCUAAUACCCUUGUUAACAUGUAUGGGAAAUGUGAGGAUAUUGGAGGUGCGUACAAGGUGUUUGACAAAAUAACUGAGAAAGACCAAGUUUCUUGGAAUUCGAUGAUUGCGGCUUUGUGUAGGUUUGAGAAGUGGGAACAUGCUUUGGAGGCGUUUCGUUGUAUGGUGUUGGAGAAAGUCGAGCCUAGCUCCUUUACUUUGGUGAGUGUGGCACUUGCUUGUUCUAAUUUGAAUAAGCAUCAUGCCUUGUGGUUUGGGAAGCAAGUUCAUGCCUUUAGUUUGAGAAAGGGCGACUGGAAAACGUUCACAAUCAAUGCUUUGAUGGCUAUGUACAGUAAACUAGGAAGGAUUGAUGAUUCAAGAGGAUUGUUUGAGUUGUUUGAGGACCGAGAUUUGGUAACAUGGAACACAAUGCUAAGUUCAUUAUCACAGAAUGACCGGUUUGUAGAAGCAUUAUUGUUAUUGCCCCCUAUGGUUCUUGAAGGAAUUAGACCAGAUGGGGUGACAAUAGCAAGCGUUCUUCCUGCUUGCUCCCAUUUGGAGAUGCUAGACUUGGGGAAGCAAAUUCAUGCGUAUGCCUUGAGAAACAAUUAUUCAACUGGGAAUUCAUUUGUGUGUAGUGCUUUAGUUGACAUGUAUUGCAACUGUCAGCAAGUAGAAAGUGGUCGUCGUGUUUUUGAUACUGUCAUGGAUCGGAGCAUUGCACUCUGGAAUGCUAUGAUUACUGGUUAUGCACAAAAUGAGUAUGAUAAGGAGGCUUUGAACCUAUUCCUUGAAUUGUACGCUGUUUAUUCGCUUUGUCCAAAUUCCACUACACUAUCAAGUAUUGUGCCUGCUUCUGUACGUUGCGAAGGGUUCUCUGAUGAAGAAGCUGUCCAUGGUUAUGUAGUAAAAAUGGGUCUAGAGCAGGACAGGUUUGUUCAAAAUGCGUUGAUGGACAUGUACUCUAGGAUGGGAAAGAUUGAAAUCUCGAAAACCAUAUUUAAUAGUAUGGAUGACAGGGAUGUAGUAUCUUGGAACACUAUGAUUACUGGCUGUGUUAUUUGUAGAUGCUAUGAUGACGCACUAAAUAUGCUCCAUAAGAUGCAAUGUAUAGAAGUAGAAAAGAACAAGAUCGAUGAUGAAUUUAAGGAUGAAAAUCGAAUACCUCUUAAGCCAAAUUCGGUAACACUCAUGACUAUUCUUCCUAGUUGUGCUGCAUUGUCGGCAUUGGGUAAAGGGAAAGAAAUCCAUGCUUAUGCUGUCAGACAUUUGUUGGCAUCAGAUGUUGCUGUGGGAAGUGCACUAGUUGACAUGUAUGCGAAGUGUGGUUGCUUGGAUGUAUCUAGAACUGUGUUUGAUCAAAUGCCAAUCAGAAAUGUGAUUACCUGGAACGUAAUCAUAAUGGCUUAUGGAAUGCAUGGAAGAGGGAAGGAAGCCUUAGAACUAUUUGGUCAUAUGGUGGAUGAAGGAGUUAGGAACAAAAAAGUAAGGCCUACUGAUGUUACAUUUAUAGCAGUUUUUGCAGCGUGUAGUCACUCUGGAAUGGUAACUGAAGGCAUGAAUUUGUUCAAUAAAAUGAAAGAGAACCACAGGAUUGAACCUGGACCAGAUCAUUAUGCUUGUGUUGUGGAUUUGCUCGGUCGGGCUGGUGAAGUGGUGGAAGCGUAUCAACUCAUCACCUCCAUGCCUGCCAAGUUUGACAAAGCAGGUGCUUGGAGUAGCUUGCUCGGUGCUUGUCGAGUUCACCAGAAUGUUGAGAUUGCAGAAAUCGCAGCCAAGAAUCUCCUGCAUUUGGAGCCAGAUGUGGCUAGUCAUUAUGUCCUACUCUGUAAUAUCUACUCAUCUGCUGGAUUUUGGGACAAGGCAAUGGACAUUAGGAGAAAGAUGAAGGAAUUGGGAGUAAGAAAAGAACCCGGUUGUAGUUGGAUUGAGUUUGGGGAUGAGGUUCAUAAGUUUCUGGCUGGAGAUGGUUCGCAUCCCCAAAGUGCACAGCUCCAUGGAUUUCUUGAAACCCUAUGGGAAAGGAUGAAAAAGGAGGGAUAUGUGCCUGAUACUUCUUGUGUGCUUCACAAUGUUGACGAGGAAGAGAAAGAAACUAUACUUUGCGGGCACAGUGAGAAAUUGGCAAUUGCUUUUGGUAUUCUCAACACACCUCCUGGAACUACUAUUAGAGUUGCCAAGAACCUUAGAGUUUGUAAUGACUGCCAUACAGCAGCAAAGUUUAUCUCAAAGAUGGUGGAAAGAGAUAUCAUUUUAAGAGAUGUGAGGAGGUUUCAUCAUUUCAGCAAUGGAACUUGUUCAUGUCGAGAUUAUUGGUAAAAAAAAAAAAAAAAAAAAAAAAAAAAUUGUUGGCCCAAAACUCAUUUGUUUAACAUAGGAUUAUCAUAAAAUCAUUGUAUUCUACUGAUGAUAACAUGUAUUGUAUAACAAAAAGUAUCAUGUAGAAAUUAGUUUCAAAAUUGUGAAGCUUUGCGAUGUUGGUUGUAAAGAGAAAUUAUUCAAUACAAGAUAAAUAUUCAAAGUCCUUUUUGUUA